AUGUCGGAUUCUAAUCGUGGCUCAGCCACCUCGCCCGCCACUGGAGGAGGAAGCUCUCAGAGCCCUCCGAGUCCUGCUUCGAGCUCGCAUGCCAACGACGCCACCACGAGUCCUCAGCAACCGCCCGCAACGUCAUCGUCUGCUCCUCCUCCUCCUCCUUCUCUUUCGUCUCCUUCUCCUUCUCCUUCUCCUUCUCCUCAACCCACUACAUCGUCUUCAAGCCCACCGCCGGCACCAACAACGGCUCCCGCAUCUUCCGCGGCCCCUGCUCCGAGCCCGUCGUCUACAAGUUCACCCGUCGCCCCGAGUACACAGGAGCCUCCCAGCUCUAACCCUCCUGCCCCGUCUUCAUCUACGCCAAACCAGGCCAGUCAGUCUGUGCCGGUUGUAACUGUAACCCCUAGCAAUGCGGUCACAACCAUUCAAGUCGUCAAGUCGAUCGCGAUUCCCUCCACCACACCUCCGUCUUCUGCGUCAAAGGUAUCGAGCACCUCGACCCCAGCUCCGAUAAAUCCCGGAGAAGAUGGCAGCGGCGGCGGUCUCGGCCAACCUGCCAAAGUAGCCAUCGGUGUCGUGGUACCUAUUGCCGCAAUCGCCCUCCUGGCAUUGUUUGGUUUGUGGUGGUGGAGGAAGAGAAAGGCUCGUCAAGAAUCCGAGGAGGAACGACGCAAGGAGGUCGAAGACUACUCGUACAAUCCCAAUGCUGAUCCUACAAUCCCGGCUGUCGGUAUGGCCCCCGAUUCUUACGAGAUGAGAGAGGACGAAGGUACCGGAUACCGCGGAUGGGGUUCCACGACGGCUGCCGGCUCAAUGGGCCGCAAAGCUUCUACUACCAUGUCUGGCGGAAUGACUACCGGCGCAUUUUCCGAUGGCGGUGGCCAAAAUCGAGGCCACCACCCAGACGCCAAGACCACCGACCCCAACGCGGAUGGCUCCUCAUCCCCCGAGGGCGAAAUUCUGGGUGCCAUGGGCCCCUCAGCGGCCAAUAAUCGUGGCGGUGAUGUCCGUCGAGGCCCUUCCAAUGCAUCGUCCUCGUAUAGCGCAACUGGUCGAUCGGAAGGCUCAGACGGCGGCAUGUAUCCCAAUGGUGGUACAUACUAUGACCAGUACGGCCAGAAUCCCUAUGGCGACCAGCGUCCUCAAGAGCUGGCUGGGCAGGCUGUCAUACGGGAUAAUCCGGCCCGUCGCAACACGCGCAUCGAGAACCCUUCGCACUAUCCUCAGCAGAGUGCUGGUAUUGCCCAGAAUUUCUGA